CACGGCGGCGCUGCGGUCUCACUCGCCGUGUGACUUCGCUAGUGCGCGCACCUCCGUACGUUCGUGUCGUCCCGCGAGUGUAAGUGAUGUGCUACCGGUACCUAUCCUCUUGAUUAUGUUAUUAGACAUGGAGCAACACUCCGCCCUCGCCUCCCUCAACAUGUCCCACUACAGCCUGAGCCCCGGCGGCGGCGGUGGAGGCGGCAGUCCCGGCACCGUGCCGCCCCCGCUGUACGGUUCGCCGCCUCUCUAUACCGUCUCGCAGCCCCAGCACGAGUCGCCUCCCUUGUACACCCUGUCCCAACCGGCCCAUCCGUCCACUCCUCCGUUGUAUACCUCUAAACCCGUGGAUACAGCGUGUCUGUUCUCGUUCCCAGGGGUGGGUGCCAUGGACGUGUACCCUCAGACCGCCUCCCAACCCUCGGGCUCCGCCGCCAACAACGAGUUGCCCGACACCAAGGAAGGCUUCGAAGAACUGUGUCCUGUGUGUGGAGACAAAGUGUCAGGAUACCACUACGGGUUACUGACGUGUGAGUCCUGCAAGGGCUUCUUCAAGCGCACUGUUCAGAACAAGAAGGUGUAUACGUGUGUGGCGGACCGUAGCUGUCAUAUCGACAAGACCCAGAGGAAGCGAUGUCCAUUCUGCCGCUUCCAGAAGUGCCUUGAGGUCGGCAUGAAGCUUGAAGCUGUGCGGGCGGACAGGAUGCGGGGUGGCAGGAACAAGUUCGGUCCGAUGUACAAGCGAGACAGAGCACGCAAGCUGCAGAUGAUGAGACAGAGACAGAUCGCAGUGCAGACCAUCAGAGGGUCCCAGUACGCGCUGGGAGACGGUGUGACGCUGAGUUACCCCGGCAGCAGUUCGCCGUUCGCCAGCCUCCACAUCAAACAGGAGAUACAGAUCCCUCAGGUGUCUUCUCUCACGUCCUCACCCGACAGUUCGCCUAGUCCCAUAGCCGUGGCGCUGGGUCAAGCCGGGCUGGGAGCAGUGGUGACGGCGGGGUCCGUCACACAACCACAACCCCAGGCCGGUACCAGCAACCAGCCGCCCGAGGCCAAACUCUGGGGUCAGCCCAACUCUACCACCCCCUCACCCCACUCACACUCCCACUCGCACUCGAUAUCCCCCAAGACGUUCCAGUUCGACGGGGGCUCGUCCGGCUCGAGCCAGAACAAGAUCUCCUCACCCAUGAUCCGGGACUUUGUGCAAUCCUUGGACGACCGCGAGUGGCAGAACUCUCUUUACGGCCUCCUCCAGAAUCAGACGUACAAUCAGUGCGAAGUGGACCUGUUCGAACUCAUGUGUAAAGUGUUGGACCAAAACCUUUUUUCCCAAGUCGAUUGGGCGAGAAAUUCGGUAUUUUUUAAGGACCUCAAGGUAAGUGUGGACGACCAGAUGAAGCUCCUGCAACACUCUUGGUCGGACAUGCUGGUGCUGGACCAUAUGCACCAAAGGAUGCACAAUAGUUUACCCGAUGAGACGACGCUUCCCAACGGCCAGAAGUUUGACCUGCUGUUGCUGGGACUUCUCGGCGUUCCCUCCCUAUCGGAACACUUCUCCGAGAUCACGCAUCUACUGCAGGAACUCAAGUUCGAUCUCAGCGACUACAUCUGUGUUAAGUUCCUUCUUUUAUUAAAUCCAGACGUUAGAGGGCUGAUGAACAGGAAACACGUACAAGAAGGCCAUGACCAAGUUCAACAGGCGCUGCUAGAAUACUGUGUCAAUAGUUAUCCCCAGCUGACGGACAAGUUUCAAAAACUACUGAAUCUGAUGCCGGAGAUUCAUUCCUUGGCGAGUAGAGGGGAGGAGUACCUCUAUCACAAGCAUUGUAAUGGCAGUGCGCCCACGCAGACGCUACUCAUGGAAAUGUUACAUGCCAAGCGGAAAUAACCAUCACCUGGAGCAGAGGGGCUCACUGCGUUGAGAGCCCAGCCAACAGCGUCAUGUGCUCCGGAAGAGUGCAAUAACAGUGCUACAGCUACAGUAUUACCAAGAUCUUACGUGUGCGCAUCGUGACAGUGUCCGGUCGCCUGCACCUGCCUAGAGCAAGAUAUGCCUUCAAAAAAGAGUACAAAAGUCAUAAAAAGUAUAAACGAGUACCAGAAGUAACUAAAGGCAUUAUUCACUGUGUAGUAUUGUGUACAGGCUAAGUGUAGAGCCGGGGCUCAGAACCAACUUUCAUACCCACGUUUUCAGUACAUUUCAAAAAUGUGUAAAUUAUAUUUUUUUAAUGUUGUUAUUUAUUUGAUAUGUUGUUUUAUAUGGUGUACAUGGUUGAAGUUUUGUAUAUAGAGAAUAAUGCAAAUGUGGUAAUGUUUUGUUUGCUUUUCAUAAAAGCGCACAAGAUGGAAAAUGUCUACCGAAGUUUGAACUGUGAAUGAUCUUGGUUCUGGGCCUCCGCUGCAGCAAACUGUUGUUGCUCAUUUAAUUUUAAAAUUGUAAAUUAUACUGUAUUACGUUACAUUCCAGUUUGUCGCUCUGGAAGGGAUUGUUUGGGCAUCAGAUCUUUAUCUUCACUUCUUCCCUAAAAAUUGAUCUAAGAACGCUUCUUAACACCUUGCAGUUCUCGCAUUUCAAAAAAAACCUCUUCCACUUUCGAGUAUUUACAUUCCAAACUCCUUCUUUUUCUCCUCUUCCGAUCCCUUUCCUUUCCUAUCUUUACGAAUCAAAUUCGGUUACGGUCGCUCUUUCGGCAUUCACUUUUCUUUCAAUUAAUAUUCCCGACUCAUUAACACUCUGGGAUCUCGGUGUUGGGACAACAAAAGUUUCCUGUAGAUUAUGUUAAUUUAGAACUGCUGCCUCUAGGGCGUAUGUUCAAUGUUCAUUAAGUUUAAUGUAAAGAAUGUUAUUGUACUUGAAUAGGUUUAACGAGUGAAUGAAAAAACUAUUGUAUUUAAAUUUGUAUAAAAUAUUGUUAAUCGCGCAGUAACCUAAAUGUUUUGUCACAGUUACCUUAUUUACCUCGUUGCACACGACUCUCUCUGUGUGCCUUUCCCUCCCUUGUAUUAAUACUCGACCGACAGUUGUGUAUGGUGUGUAUGUGUAUAUAGACGUGUGUGCGUACGAACAACGUGUGUCGUGAGAGCCCAUGUGUGACGAGGACUCCUCCACGUUUUCACUGCCACAAAUCCACGAUCUGGCAACUUAUCCAUUUGUACAUUUGUUUUAUAAAUUUUCAAAUAAAUGUGCUAUUUUGGUA